GCGUGUGCGCCGGAAGUGUGGGGCUCUGUGCGCGGUGAGUAGUGAUGGCGGCCGGUGUUUGAGGAGGGUGUUCCGGGAGCUGGGGGUGGCUGCCUGGCAGGCGGGCGGUGUAGGGCGGCUCGCUCCGGCUCGCUCUUCCUGGCCGCUCUCGUUUGCAGCGGUUGCAGCUCCCAGGAACAGACGGGCUUGAGCUGAGGCGUCCUGCAGGGGUUUACGUUGUGGCUGCGCGACUACGGCGCUGCCCUAUGGGGUUGUCUCUGAGGCGCUGGCUGGCUCUGGUGCUGCCCAGGCGGGCAGGUCUGCCUCGCCUAGGUUAUCAGUCCGAAAUCAAACGAGAUUUUGCAGUGCUGGAGAUCCCAAAUAGCACGGCUUGCCCGGGGUUCCUGCUCUCCUGUUGGCAAGACGGUACAGCUGUGAAGUCCAACGGGUAGAAGAGAAAGUGAGGAGCCUCUGGGGGACAGCUGGGAAACCAAGGGAAGAGUAACAGACAUGUGAGAAAAUGAAUGAAAUGGAUUUGCUAACUACUACUCUGCAGAAUAAAUAUCCUCAGUGGAUGCUUGCACAGAACCAAGAGGGAGUACUGGAUGAUGAAAAGAAGUCAAACGUUCACAGGAAUGUUCUGGAGGAUGGGCUGCCGUUCCUAGAGUUCUGCGGCUCCAUUGUUUACAGCUACGAUGCCAGUGACUGUUCCCUUCUCUCUGAAGAUAUCAGGGGGAGUUUAUCUGAUGGGGCUGCUGUUGGAUUUGACAUCGAAUGGCCGCCAUUGUAUACUAAAGGAAAAAUGGCAAAAGUAGCUGUAAUCCAAAUAUGUGUAACUGAGGAAAAAUGUUACUUGUUUCACAUCUCUUCAAUGUCAGGUUUUCCCAAGGGACUCAAAAGACUGCUCGAGGAUGAAACAAUUAAAAAGGUUGGCGUAGGAAUUGAGGGAGAUCAAUGGAAGCUGAUGAGUGACUUUGAAAUCAAACUGAAGAGCUUUGUGGAGCUGGCUGACCUUGCUAAUGAGAAACUGAAGUGUAAGGAGAUAUGGAGUCUAAAUGGUCUGGUAAAACACCUUUUUGGCAAGCAACUUCUGAAAGAUAAGUCUGUCCGCUGCAGUAACUGGGAAGAAUUUCCAUUGAAUGAAAAGCAGAAAUUGUAUGCAGCCACAGAUGCUUAUGCUGGCUUCAUCACUUAUCAAAAACUGAAAAAUAUGAAUACCGGUGACCAGAAAAUCUUUGGUUUAAGACAAGAUGAGAUGUUGUCAGAUGAUGUGAAGGAGCGUUUGACUUCACUAGCUGAAGAGAUAGUGGAUCUGGCUUCUCAUAUCCCUGGCUCUUCUGGACAACUUGGAAACUUGCAGAGCUUUCCUAUUUUACCUUCCAGAGCUGCAGAAAUACUAGCUGAUAUAUCAGAAAAUGUAAAUGCUUUAAGAAGCACGCUGUUUGGUGGUUCCAGCUCCCCUUCUCCAUUGGAGAAGAGCUGUGGGGCAGCUCUAGAGCCCACAGAUGUUGAAGCUGAAAAAGCUGAAAUGUCCGAAUUUCCUAAAAAACUGCAAGGGGACUUCAACAUCUGCUCAGAUGCUACGUUAGCUGGCGUCUGGGAGGGAGACGGUAACGAAGGAAAAGCAGAGAACGAUAAUGCUGAGAAGAAAGAUGAGCCUGCAGCAGCUGACUCUAAGGACAGAGCAGACAGAGAUGACUUCAUGUCACUAGACAUUACUGAGCACGAGUUACAGAUGCUGGAGCAUCAGGCUGCAAAAGAAUUUCUAAAUGAAGCUGUGCCUGAGGAGGCAUCUUCCACAGAUAACGAACAAAAUGUUUCCUGUGUAAUUGAAAGCGAUGAAGAACUGGAAAUGGAGAUGCUUAAAUCUUUAGCAGAUGUUGACAAUUCUAAAGUGGUUUUGGCUGAUGGAGAGUCUAAUAAAACCGGGAAAACCUCUGACACAAAGUUGAACCUUGCUCCAGAUGUUGAUGAAGAUGAAGGCAUUGAGGAGGAAGAAGAGGAAAGUUGGGAUCCAUUGCUGCCAGUACCUAGUGAAAGCCAAGUUGCAUGUCUGAAGACAUACUUUGGGCAUUCCUCUUUUAAACCGGUCCAGUGGAAAGUGAUCAGUUCUGUUUUAAAAGACAGAAGAGAUAAUCUUGUUGUCAUGGCAACUGGCUAUGGGAAAAGUUUGUGCUACCAGUUUCCCCCUGUUUACACUGGAUGUACUGGAAUUGUCAUCUGUCCUCUUAUUUCUUUGAUGGAGGACCAAGUGCUGCAACUGACAAUGUCAGAAAUUCCAGCCUGCUUGCUUGGAUCAGCUCAGUUGAAAAACAUCAAAGAAGGCAUCAAAGCGGGUCACUACAGAGUCAUAUAUAUGACUCCAGAGUUCUGUUCGGGGAACUUAUCAUUGCUUCAGGAUCUCGACCGAACAAUUGGUAUCACGCUCAUAGCUGUUGAUGAAGCUCACUGCAUUUCAGAAUGGGGACAUGACUUCAGAAAUUCCUUUAGGAGUUUGGGCUUGUUAAAGAAGGCUCUGCCGUCAGUUCCCAUUGUUGCUUUAACUGCAACUGCAAGCCCUUCGAUUAGAGAAGACAUAGUGAACUGUCUGAACCUGAAGAAUCCCCAGGUCACAUGUACUAGUUUUGACAGACCUAACCUGUAUUUAGAAGUUGGACGACAAAGUGGAAAUAUCCUUAGGGAUUUGAAGCAGUUUCUUAUUAGGAAAGGAAGUUCUGUGUAUGAGUUUGAAGGACCCACUGUCAUCUACUGCCCUUCAAGAAAGGCCACCGAACAAGUUGUAUCUGAGCUGAUGAAGUUGAAUGUGGUCUGUGGUGCAUACCAUGCUGGUAUGGGAAUCAAAGAAAGGAGAAAUAUCCAUCACCAAUUUAUGAGGGAUGAAAUUCAGUGUGUUGUAGCUACAGUGGCAUUCGGAAUGGGUAUCAAUAAAGCAGAUAUCCGAAAGGUUAUUCAUUACGGUGCCCCUAAGGAAAUGGAAUCCUAUUAUCAAGAAAUUGGGAGAGCUGGUCGUGAUGGGCUUCCUGCUUCUUGUCAUGUAUUGUGGACAUCAGCGGACUUGGCUUUAAACAGACAUCGUCUCAACGAGAUACGCAAUGAAACGUUCCGACUGUAUAAAUUAAAGAUGGUGGCAAAAAUAGAGAAGUACCUUAUCUCAAAUAGUUGCAGGAGGAAAAUCAUCUUGUCUCAUUUUGAAGACAAACGACUCCGAAAGGUCUCCUCGGGCAUCAUGGGCACAGAAGAAUGCUGUGAUAAUUGCAGGACCAGAACUUCUUGUUUUGCAACCUCCAGUGACUCAGAAGGAAGUUUACAGGACUUUGGAAAGCAAGCCUAUCAGCUAAUGUCUGCAGUGAGUGCCCUGGAUGAGAAGUUUGGAACUAAAGUUCCCAUUUUGUUUCUCCGAGGGUCUAAUUCUCAACGUUUGCCAGACAGAUACCGAAGACAUGCUCUUUUUGGUAGUGGAAAAGACUGGCCAGAGAGUUGGUGGAAAUCACUGAGCCAACAGUUGAUAAAUGAGGGAUUCCUCAGAGAAGCUUCUGGGCAUAGCAAGUUUGCAAACAUAUGUGUGCUUACCCAGAAGGGUAGAAAUUGGCUUUUAAAAGCUGGAUCUGCCUCAAGUCCAAGCCUUCUCUUACAGUCUAGCGAAGACCUAAAUCUUAGGAAACCUUCUAGAAGCAGUAGAUCUUCAGUUGUGGUCUUGGAACAGCGCUCCCCAGAUGGGAAAGUAACAAAGUUUUCACCAGUCAAACAGAUGUCUUUGUAUGAAAUGUUUUCUUAUGAAAGAAAAGGUAAAAUUUCUGCAGGAAGCAAUGACGCACUUAACAGCUGUAUUACUGCUUCAGGCAAGCAGCCUUAUGCUGGCAGAGGACUGGAAAAUAGUGUCCCUGUGCGCUCACCAGUCAAAUCUUUUCCUUUGAAGUCCACAGAAUCUGUUGUUUCAUCUCGAGAAAAAGAACUACAGACUGCCCUGUAUGGCAAAUUAUUGACAGCUAGACAGAAGCUAGCUAAUGAGAAGGAAAUUCCUCCAGCUGUCCUGGCAACCAAUAAGAUCCUGGUGGAGAUGGCCCAGAUAAGGCCUACGACCGUUGAGAAUGUGAAGAGAAUUGAUGGUGUACCUGAAGCAAAAUCUACCAUACUGGCUCCUCUCCUUGCUGAAAUUAAGGAGUUUUGCCAAGUGAAUAAUUUGCAGAUGGAUGCAUUCCCUAUGUCUGGAUCUAGAAACCAGAAAGAAACAACUCCCUGGAAGCAUGCUGGAGCGCUCUCUCCAUCUGAGCAUGUCACAUAUGUCCUGUUCCAAGAGAAGAAUCUGUCCUUGCGGACUAUAAGUGAGAGCAGAUCUCUUCCUCUUUCUGAGGUUGGCACUCACCUGUGCCAGGCAAUGAAAGCUGGCUACCCUGUCAACCUGGAACGAGCAGGUUUGACUUUGGAAGUUCAACAGAUAGUUUCUGAUGUUAUCCAUAAUCCUCCCAUUGACUCAGACACAACCAAAAUUCAAGCAAUUAGAAAGCUGGUUCCUGCAGAUAUUGAAAUGUAUCUCAUCAGGAUGACUAUUGCAAUAUUGGAGAAAGAGGAUGGAAGUAGGCCUCGGGAUGGUUCAAGCAACAAAAGGACCCUGGCGUGGUCAGGCAGGCAUCAAGAAAAAAUGGGAGCAGAUGAAGCAAGCAGGGAAAACACUUUGGGGACUGAAACAAAGGGUAACUUGAUCAAGCCUACACUGAAGGAAGGAGUUGAAAAAAACCAUCCGCAAGUGGUGCCCUCAGCUUUGCCUGUACAGAGCAUGGAUGACAACCAGCCUGGUAAUAGUAAAGAAGGUGCAGCAGGUGGUCAGAUGUCCAUUACAUUGGCGUCUUGGAAACAGUCUGCCCUCAGUCCAGAUGAGGAGGAACUGUUUCCUGACUGCCAGCCAAAGACUUCAAGCCUCCCUUCUAAGAGAAAGGUGCCAGAGUGGUUUGGAACCUCAGGGGCAACUAUUUUAUCCGUUGAGAAGAGUAAGAAACUGAAAGCAGAAACAAGAAGAGGACUUUUUAACUGACUGUGGUCACAAAGGCUUUUUGUUGUCUUCCUCCCCAACCCCCCCUGCUCUCCCCUCCCCUCCACUAUAGCAAGCCUUCUGGCUAAGGUGUACUAAAUAAUGGACGCAGUACUUGAAUUUCUAAAUGAAUUUCCUGUGUGUUUAAAGAAGACACAGUGCUUCCCAGCUUGCUCAUUCUUUUUUGAGCUCAUCUUCCUUGCGAGAACCACUAUUCCCUUGAACUCGGAAGUACGUUUAAGCUUUUCACUGUGUGAAAUUUCUUGUCGAAAGACUUUGGAAUAAAAAAUAGUUAAAAAUAAUUUUAAAAAAGCCA